AUGGCUGUGCGGAACCUUGGACAGAAUGGAAUACUUCUAAGGAGGCUCAUCCAGAGUGAUACCAGCCGGCUUCAUGUCGCCAGAUACGCCUACUCCGCCUACCGGGCUCAGGCUGCCCGUCCAGCGCUGCCUGCUGUCGGCCUAGAGCUCGCGCAGCUCCGCCGUGGCUACGCAACCGGCCCAUCCACAUCACCUGGCACAAACAACUCCAGCUUUCCCCCGCCCGGAUUCAACGUUGAAAAGGCAAAGCAACCCCUUCCGAAGGAGUCUCAGGCGACCUCAACUUCGUCGUCUGAAAAGUCCUCUACGUCAAAUGCGGUCUCGAGGGAACUAGACAGUAUAGAACUUGAGUCGAGGGAGUUAGAGAAGAGAAUACACACUGCGUCUAUUGCCGAGGCGGUAGAGAAGGGCCAACUGGAGGAGAAGAAGGAGGUUAAAAAAUUGACUAUUGGGCAGAAGAUUAAGAAGGAAGUACAGCAUUAUUGGGAUGGAACGAAACUAUUGGCCGCGGAAGUUAAGAUUAGUUCGAAACUUGCACUUAAGAUGGCUGCGGGAUAUGAGCUAAGCAGGAGGGAGAACAGACAGCUUCGAAGAACAGUUCAAGAUUUGGCUCGACUUGUCCCUUUCUCUGCCUUUGUUAUCAUUCCUUUUGCAGAGCUGCUUCUCCCAGUUGCCCUCAAGCUCUUCCCCAACCUUCUUCCAAGCACCUAUGAGGCUCAGAAAUCCAAGGAUGCUAAAGCUGCCACUCUACGAGGCACCCGAAAGGAAGUCUCAAACUUCCUCCAAGGAACUCUCAAGGAAACCGGUCUUCCAGUCAGCUCAAUAAAUGCGAAGAAGGAAGAGUUUACGGAAUUCUUCCGCAAGGUCCGAGCGACGGGAGAAACCCCGUCUGACGAAGAUGUUAUCGCCGUUUGCAAAAUUUUCAAGGAUGAUCUCACAUUGGACAACUUGUCACGCCCACAACUGGUUGCUAUGUGCAAGUACAUGAAUCUAAACACAUUCGGGACUGAUACAAUGCUCCGGUACACCAUCCGUGUCAGGAUGCGUCAGAUCAAGCGUGACGACAGAGCCAUUGCCUACGAGGGAGUUGAAUCCCUACUCGUCCCCGAACUCCAGAUGGCAUGUGCAUCCCGUGGUCUUCGAACCCACGGCCUCUCGCCAGCUCGACUCCGCGACGAUCUCUCCAUGUGGCUUGAUCUCCGUCUGAAGCAGGGCGUUCCCUCCACUCUGCUCGUUCUUAGCAACGCCUACAUGUAUACCCAGCACUCUCAGGAGUACGAAAUUUCGUCGCAGAUGGACGCUCUCCGAUCAGUCCUAUCCAGUAUACCUGAAGAACUCUUCCACGAGAUUGAGCUCGAGGUCCACAAUGCUGAGGGAGCUGCCACGAACAAGCAGCGUCUUGAGGUUGUGAAGGAACAGCAGGAGCUGAUUGAGGAGGAGAACGAGCAGAUCACCGAGAACGGCAAUACGGGUGUACCAGCGCCAAAGGACCACGAGGACAUCGACGAGAAAGACGACAAACAGAUGGACGCCUCUGCUUCCAGCGAGGCAGCCGAAUCUACUGGACAGUCCGAAAAGACAGAGGAAGAUGCCAAAACCGACAAGGAUUCUCCCAAACAGCCCCAGGCAGAUGACAAAAAGCAGUAA